AUGUAUCAAGUGAUGAGGAAAUUGAGAAGCACUAAGGCAGAGUUGAAAAUAUUGAAUAAAGAAGGCUUUUCUGAUAUUCAAGCAGCUGAUAUACAAGCUUACAAUAACAUGAUGAAAGCUCAACAACAGUUACACAUGGAUCCAAGAGAUCAUCAGAAGGCUGAGGAGGAGUUGAGAACUAUAAAGAAGUAUAAAGAAACUCAUCAUGCAUAUCUAGAAUUCCUAUCCCAGAAAGCUAAAGCAAGCUGGAUCAAGGAUGGUGAUGAGAACACCUCCUUGUUCGAUCAGAGCAUAAGGGCUAGAAGAUUACAGAAUCAGAUACAUGGAAUAUAUGAUGCUGAAGCUAAGGGUCAUGGAAGAAAACAUGUCCUACAGGAGAUUGUUCAAGAAGGACCUCUCAUCACAGAUGAGCAUAGGGCUAUCUUAACUGCUCCAUACACUGUGGAGGAAGUUAAAAAAGCUUUAUUCUCUAUUCCAGGUUGUAAAGCACCAGGCACAGAUGGAUUUGGCUCAUACUUCUAUAGGGAUGCAUGGUCAAUAAUAGGAGAUGAAGUGGUGGCAGCAGUACUAGAUGUGCUUCAGAGUGGGAAUUUAUUGAAAGAGGAUCUAGUGAAACAUUAUGGAAGGAAACAUGCUCAACCUAGCUGCUUACUGAAAAUUGAUUUACAAAAAGCAUAUGAUACAGUUAAUUGGGAAUUUCUUCAAGAGAUGCUUGAUGGUUUAGGCUUUCCUCUACAAUUCAGGAAACUGGUGAUGGAGUGUGUUACAACACCAAAAUUUUCAUUGAUGAUAAAUGGAAAUAUGAAAGGAUUUUUUAAGUCCAAUAGAGGGCUAAGGCAAGGGGACCCAAUUUCCCCUUUGCUUUUUGUUCUGUGUAUGGAGUAUCUUGCUAGGAUACUGAAGAAGGUGGGUGAUUUUGAGCACUUUCAGUAUCAUCCAAGGUGCAAGGCAGUGAAGCUCUCUCACAUGUGCUUUGCUGAUGAUCUCAUCAUGUGCUGUAAAGGGGAGUUUGCAUCAACAUAUCUACUACUGAGAGCUUUUAAAUUGUUUUCUGAAACUACUGGAUUACAAGCUAAUGUUGGGAAGUCUGCUCUUUAUACACGUGGGAUGAAUAGAAGAGAACAGGAGAGAUUGAUUGAUGUAUCUGGCUUUCAAUUACACAAACUUCCAUUCAAGUACCUAGGGGUACCAAUUUGUGCAAAGAGAAUCACAUCUGUUCAAUGUGAAGUGUUGAUAGAGAAAAUGAUUGCUAGGAUAAGAAUCUGGAGCAGUAGAAACUUAUCCUAUACAGCCAGGAUGCAAUUGGUUAACUCAGUUCUUAUGAGUCUACAUCAGUAUUGGGCUCAAGUAUUUGUCCUUCCACAACAAGUGUUGUAG